CGUUCGCAAUAAUCACCGUAAAGCUUCACGCGUGACGAUUUAAACGUGACAGAUACGCGAGGUGCAAAUUGCGAACGAUAAUGGAAAGAGCGCUGCGUUUCUUUGUUCUGAUUCAUUUGGCGAUGCUGCCCCUUACAAUGCAAGAAAUUGCAGAGGGUGCGUGUAGCUGCGCGGUGUUCGCUGUUCCGGGAUUGGAACCGUUAAUUGAACACAGGCUUCGGUACAAUGUAAGAUGCGAUCAGGAUGGAACCGAAAAAUGUCAACAAUUGUGUAUCGCACUGGCUGAGGGUGUUCGAGAUGAAGCACCGAUGCUGAUUUGCGAGAAACUGAACACGCACGUCGAAAAAUUAAAGGUAGCUGUUUACAUGAAAUCGUGUGAUGUGACUUUUUGGACGUUCACCGGUUUGGAGAGCACGGAACCCAUUUGCUGUCACGAAGGCAAGGCGGUUGCUUGUGACGAAGCGUUGUCGAUAAUAGAGAAUUAACGAGCUGAAUCUAAUUCAUUACUUCUCGUUCAUUUCCGUCACUAAAUAUCGUAAUAUCGAUCGUAAUAGCGAAGAUAGUUAGCGAGAUUAAUACACUCUUUGUUUUUUUUUUAUAUACAAACACAUUAUUUUUCUUUCAAAUGUCAUUUGUCGCGCAGAUAUAUAUUUUGCGAUUGACGAUUUUUGAUCGAAUUCACGCAUAGCAAAUUCUGUACAAGCGAUCGCACGUACAACGAUCGCGUAAAAUAUACAAUGCAACACAACAAUAACAAGUCUGUUGAACUUACGUAGAAUUCAAAGAAUGCACGCCGAUAUGCAUUUAUAGCCUUUGUUAGCCUUCACAAAGCUCGAAUGCCAAGGCUGUCAAGAAGUCUAUUCUUUAUUGUAGUCUGUAUACACACACACACAC